CUUUGUAGUACACUAAGCAAUAUGAUGUGCGAAGUGAUGCCAACCAUAAAUGAGGGUGACUCGGUGAGUUCCCAGAGAGGCUCCCAGAAUGGCACGGAUGCCGAGUCUAAUUUUGAACAGCUGAUGGUGAAUAUGUUGGAUGAGAGAGAUAAGCUGCUGGAGUCUUUACGGGAGACGCAGGAGACCCUCAUCCAGUCACAGACCAAACUCCAGGAUGUUCUUCACGAGAGGGAUGUGCUUCAGAGACAGCUCAACUCCGCCUUACCACAGGAGUUUGCGACCCUGACGAAGGAGCUGAAUUUGUGUCGAGAGCAGCUGCUAGAAAAAGAAGAAGAGAUUUCUGAGCUUAAAGCAGAGAGGAAUAAUACUAGGCUUCUACUGGAGCAUCUGGAGUGUCUGGUGUCUCGUCACGAGCGUUCACUGAGGAUGACGGUGGUGAAGAGGCAGGCUCCUCCGCCGUCUGGGGUCUCCAGUGAAGUGGAGGUGCUCAAGGCUCUGAAAUCCCUCUUUGAGCAUCAUAAAGCCCUGGAUGAAAAAGUGCGUGAAAGGUUGCGUGUGGCUCUUGAAAGGGUGACUACAUUAGAAGGACAGCUGUCAGCCGCCACUCAGGAGGUGGUGAUGUUGAGACAGAGAAAGGAUGGACGAGGAGAUGGGGAUGCUGUGGACAGUUCAAAACCUACAUGGAAGAGGCUUCCCAAUGGCUCCAUCGAUGCCCAUGAUGAUACCAGCAGGUGCCUGGAGCUGCAGGAACUGCUGGAUAAGGCCAAUAAAGAGCUAGCCCAAAACAGAGAGCGGAUCGGCGGCCUGACCAAUCGCAUGUCCGAGCUGGAGACGGAACUGACUACGGCCCGCAAAGACCUGCUGAAGAGCGAGGAGCUGAGCACCAAACACCAGAGGGACAUACGCGAGGCGAUGGCACAGAAGGAGGACAUGGAGGAGCGAAUCACAACGUUAGAAAAGCGCUACCUGGCUGCCCAAAGAGAAACAACCUCCAUCCAUGACCUGAACGACAAGCUGGAGAAUGAGCUGGCCACUAAGGACUCUCUUUACCGACAGAGCGAGGAGAAGGUGCGACACCUGCAGGAGCUGUUGGAGCUGGCGGAGCAGCGGCUGCAACAGACCAUGAGGAAAGCGGAGACUCUGCCCGAGGUGGAGGCUGAACUGGCACAGAGAGUGGCUGCCCUCACCAAGGCGGAGGAGAGGCAUGGCAACAUUGAGGAGCGUUUGCGCCAACUGGAGGCCCAGCUGGAGGAGAAGAACCAAGAGCUGGGCAGGGCUCGGCAGAGGGAAAAGAUGAAUGAAGAGCAUAACAAACGUCUGUCUGACACUGUGGACCGCCUUCUGACCGAGUCCAAUGAGCGGUUACAGCUGCACCUGAAGGAACGCAUGGCCGCGCUGGAGGACAAGAAUGCGCUCAUCCAUGAUCUGGAGAAUUCCCAAAAACAACUGGAGGAGUUCCAUCACACCAAGGAGAGACUCAUUGGAGAGAUUGAGAAGUUAAGGGCUGAACUCGAUCAUCUGAAGCGCAGGAGUGGAGCAUUUGGAGAUGGGACACAUCCUAGGUCUCAUCUUGGCAGCGCCACAGACCUGCGGUUCUCUGUGGUGGAGGGUCAGGGCGAUCACUACUCCUCCACAGGGGUCAUACGACGUGCUCAGAAAGGUCGACUGGUGGCACUCAGGGAUGAACCAACCAAGAUCCUGCCAAUGGUGGAGCAGGACUGGGAUCGCUCACAGCCGUCCAGCUUGCGGGCCAGCCGUACUCACCUGAUGGGAAGCGACACUGAGCUGUCUGACUUGGACGAUGAAGACCGUGAGACCAUAUUCAGCUCAACCGAUAUACUGUCCCCCAGCGGGCACUCAGACGCCCAGACGCUUGCCCUCAUGCUCCAAGAACAGCUGGAUGCCAUCAAUGAGGAGAUCAGGAUGAUCCAGGUGGAGAGGGAAUCCGCAGAGCUCCGGGCGGAUGAGAUUGAGAGUCGAGUGAACAGCGGCAGCAUGGACGGCCUGAACGUGACCCUGCGGCCGCGCUCCUCCAUCCCUACAUCCGUCACUGCGCUCUCUCUGGCCAGUUCAUCACCUCCUGUCAGCGGCCGAUCCACACCCAAACUGACAUCCGGUUCCACCGCCCAUGAGUUGGGCAUCAUGACCCUGCCUAGCGAUUUAAGGAAACACCGGAGAAGAGUGGCUUCCCCCGUAGAGGCCCGUGAGGACAAGGCCACCAUCAAGUGUGAGACGUCUCCCCCGUCGUCGCCCCGCAGUCUCCGAAUAGACCAAAUGAACUUCGCUCAGCUCACAGGAAGCCUUGAGGACGGCAGAGGGGGAAACAAAAAGAAGGGCAUCAAGUCCUCCAUCGGCCGUCUCUUUGGCAAGAAGGAGAAAGCGCGUUUAGAUCAACCUCUGAGCAAAGACGGCCAGAUGACACCCCCUGUCAUUCCAGAUUUUGAGAUGAGUAUUGGUGAUACGAUGACCUUGAGUAAACUGGGCACACAGGCAGAGCGCGAUCGCAGGAUGAAGAAAAAGCAUGAGCUGCUGGAGGACGCCAGAAGGAAAGGUCUACCCUUCGCUCAGUGGGACGGCCCGACAGUGGUCUCCUGGCUCGAGCUGUGGGUGGGAAUGCCAGCUUGGUACGUGGCAGCGUGUCGUGCCAAUGUGAAGAGCGGUGCCAUCAUGUCUGCGCUGUCGGACACGGAGAUUCAGCGCGAGAUCGGCAUCAGUAACCCACUGCACCGGCUGAAGCUCAGGCUCGCGAUACAGGAGAUGGUGUCACUGACCAGCCCGUCUGCUCCUCUCACCUCACGCACAUCUUCCGGAAAUGUGUGGGUGACUCACGAGGAGAUGGAAAACAUGGCAACCUCUACCAAAAUGGACAAUGAGGAGGGAAGCUGGGCUCAGACACUGGCAUAUGGAGACAUGAACCAUGAGUGGAUUGGGAACGAGUGGCUGCCAAGUCUCGGUCUUCCUCAGUACCGGAGCUACUUCAUGGAGUGUUUAGUGGACGCUCGAAUGCUGGACCACCUCACCAAGAAAGACCUGCGCACACACCUAAAGAUGGUGGACAGCUUUCAUCGGGCUAGUUUGCACUAUGGCAUCAUGUGCUUGAAAAGACUAAACUAUGACCGGAAGGAGCUGGAGCGAAGGAGAGAGGAUUUCCAGCAUGAUAUCAAAGACACGCUGGUGUGGACCAAUGAUCAGGUGAUGCAGUGGAUUCAGAACAUCGGACUGAAGGAGUACAGUAAUAACUUGCUGGAGAGCGGCGUUCACGGAGCUCUCGUUGCCCUCGAUGAGACCUUUGACUUCAGCAGUUUGGCCCUCAUUCUUCAGAUCCCCAUGCAGAACACACAGGCCAGACAGAUUCUGGAGAGGGAGUUCAAUAAUCUCUUGGCACUGGGAACUGACCGGCGCCUGGAAGAGUGCGAUGACAAGUCUUUCCGAAGGUCUCCAUCAUGGCGCAAACGCUUCAGGCCGAGGGAUGGCCAGGGUUUGGGUAUGAUGCCAGGAUCCUUUGAGACCCUCCCUGCUGGAUUCCGCCUCAACACAAUGUCCAUUCCCCACUCCAUGACUGCUGUGCCCAAAAAACAGCUGCAACCAGAAGCAGCCGGUCCCCCGGCCCCGCAGAGACUAGACCCCUCAGCUGUCAGGACUUACUCCUGCUAACUGCUUUUACUAAUCACUGCACUCGUACUAACAGUGCAUUCCCACUACCUGUACGGACACAAGCUUGCGGCCUUUCGAGAAUGAUAUAUGCCAAAAUCUGGGGACACCUUGAAAGGACGAGGGAAGGGCUUUACUUCCCCUGUCCUGAACCACACCAGAGCUUUCAUUGGACACCGUGCAAUAGAGGGGGACAGAAGGACGAAUUUUGAACUUUGAGUGCGUGGAACGCAUAGCAGCUGUAAAGGAGAAAUCUCGUCAUAUCAGUUGUUUCCCAGUAAUCCCGGUUCUAUAGUCUUUGUGGUGGUCGUAUUUUACUGGUGUAUUGGCCCUGUAGUCUGUCAGUGCUAGUCUGCUCCUUUGGGUGUGCCAUUGGCAUUUUACUGUAUAAAGGCCCAAUCCCACCAAGAGCGAUAACUGUAUUGAUAACCAUAAAAAUACAUGUAAAGAUUAGGGAAGUCCACACCACAAUAAUAACAAUAAUGUCACAGAUGAAUGAUGUCUUCAUAGUAAUAGUUUUUGAUGUAAAUGGUCCCUUGUGAUUAAAAAAAAUCAUGCAUAUAGUAGAAUAAUAUAAUCCACAAUUAGAAACUAAAAAUACAAGAAAACGUUUUCCUACUGAUGUACAAUCGAAGCAUUGAUAGCCAAUCAGAAAACAUCCUGCUCAAAUAUUAAAAACUGCAGAUGACACUGCAGUGUGGUUGGUUAUGAUAUAAUGGAUAUUAUCAUCCAUUUAUGUAAAUGCUGAUAUAUUCGAUCUCGUUUGUAAAAUUGCUGAAAUUUUGCCCUCCCGCGAAACUCCUGGUUAGCAACAAAAUCAGAAUCCAAUCAGAAUCCAUCAUGCUUUGACAAGCGCAAACAUUUAAAGUAACAGAUGCAAAACUGCAGCGCAUACUUAUAAAAAACAGGACAUUAUUUUUAGUUGGUGUGGAUGUUAUAUUAUUAGUUUUAGUUAUCUUCAUAGUUAUCACUCUUGUUGUGAACAGCCCUUUAUGAUAACAAUAAAGAUAGUUUUAAAAUCUUUCACACCACUAUAACGAUUGUAGUUGAAUACACAGAAACAUUGACAGCCAACCAGUAUCCAUCGUGCUGUAAUGACCCCUAACAUUUAAAGUGACAGGCGCCAAACUGAAACACAUGCUUAUAAAUAAUAACAGGGCUGGGUUUUGUAAAAACCUCAUUGGCUAAGUUGAUUGUUGAGAUAACUUGUUGCAAUAGUUGUACAAUCAACUUUAGGUUAUGAUGCUUUUGAGAAACGCAGGCCAGAAUGUAAUUCACAGUCAGUGUGGACACCAAUAUAGUUAUGGUAUACUCUCUAAAAAUGACGUUUGCCAUUUGAGCUGAAACAACACAAUUCUUGAGUUUAUUUACGACAACUCAAUUGUUUUAUGUUCAGUCCACUUAAAUCUGUAAAAUUUAAAAAGUUAAUUAAUUCCUUCAUGUUGUCCCAACACAGACUGAUUGUGUGGAACCCAGUAUAUUUUAAAGCGUAAUUACAGUAUUAUCACUUUAGCUAAUUUGCUGUGAAGUGCCCAAUUGUGU